GGCAAAAACCCUCCGUUUGACGUUAGCGAAUUUCACACCAUAGAUUUAAUAAAGAUGAGCACCAUUACGCUCAAAGCACGAUCGGGCCGCCUAUUGAAAGAGAAGCUAGACCUCGGCAAAGACGUCACAAAUGCAACCGUAGAUGAUCUCAAGACAGCCAUCCACAAGGCUUUUCCCAAGUACUACCCGUCUCGUCAAAGGUUAACCGUUGAUAACAAGGCUUUGGAGAAGGGGCAGACUUUGCAACAAUAUGGAAUCAAGGCCGGAGAUGCAAUCGUUUUCAAGGAUCUUGGACCGCAAAUUGGCUGGACCACCGUUUUCUUGAUCGAAUACUUUGGGCCCAUCUUGAUCCACCCACUAUUUUACUUCUUCCCGCAAGUCUUUUACCCUGGCGUUGCAGCUCAACCUCACACCCGGAUACAAACGCUCACCCUGCUGCUGACCAUUCUGCACUUUCUCAAGCGCGAGUAUGAAACGGUCUUUGUUCACCGAUUUAGUAACGAUACCAUGCCUAUUCGUAAUUUACCCAAAAACUGCGCGCACUACUGGAUUCUUGGCGGCCUCGCCAUCGCAUACCCUGUUUACCGCCCCGGGUUCAAUGGUGGAUUGUUUGGUGGAGCCCAUUCCGAUCUUUUUGUGAAUUCUUUGCUGGCGUUUUGGGCGUGGGCCGAAGUUUCAAACUUUCUGACGCACGUAACACUGCGUAAUCUUCGACCCCCCGGAACAAGGGUCCGAAAGAUUCCCCAUGGGUACGGUUUCAACUGGGUCUCUUGUCCCAACUAUUUCUUUGAAGUUAUGGGUUGGCUUGCCGUAGCCCUGUUAACCGGGUCUGCUUCCGCAUACUUCUUCCUGGUCGCUGGCUUUGGCCAAAUGUAUCUGUGGGCGGUCAAGAAGCAUAUCCGUUACAAGAAGGAUUUCGGAGCUGCGUAUCCCCGAAGUCGCAAAGUUAUCAUUCCCUUCUUGCUUUGAGACUGGGUGCAUUGAAGUUGUUCGCAUGCUUAGCAUCGGGAGUGGGAGCGGAGGAGCCGCUGAGCAAGGUUCAAGUGAUCAUUACUAUAGGUGGAGACGCAAUUUGUACACAUUUAGCAAGAUUUGGUGUAGUUGCGGGACAGUGUGGAAUAGGAAAUCCAAUAAUUCAACAUUGCUAGAAAUCGUAGCUUCCCCUAUUCUGUAAAUCGCACCGUCAUUUGAAUACUAAUUGGCAACGUUUCAUCUGUUACGGUGACCUCCU